CCGACCCUGGCUGAACCAGACAUCCAUGGGCUGAACCGAAGAGCGGGAGGGGGGUGAGGAAACGACAGAGAGAUGCGGAGCUUUUGAGGAGCAGAAACAUCGGGGGAACCUGUGAAGCUCCACGUGUCUCCUCUCUCUGACUGAGGAGAUCAUCACCAGCUGUUUGAUUUGCAAGUGGUGCCAUUACAGCACCCGUCACAGCUCCUUCAAGUGUUUGAUCAUGACAGGUCAAGCUGUGGGAAGCAUCAUCCAGGAACUGUCAGUUCCCUCACUGCUGGCAGUGGAGGGACUGGGGUCCAGACCUUGUGAAAGAGCCGGGUCCUUCACUGAUGAGGCUGUUUCUAUACUGACCUCUACAAGCCAGCUGGCUCGAACCCUCCUGGGUUGCACCUUUGCCCUCAAACGCAAAGACAGCCUCAGCAGCACUGAAGCUAAAGCUGGUAGCAGCUGCGAUGAAGACAACAGCAGUCAUACACGCCGCAAACGAGAGUUCAUCCAGGAGGAGAAGAAAGAUGACGGCUAUUGGGACAAGAGGAAGAAAAAUAACGAGGCAGCCAAGCGGUCCAGAGAGAAACGGCGAGCCAAUGACAUGGUGCUGGAGCGCCGAGUCCUGGGCCUGCUGGAGGAGAAUGCUCGCCUGAGAGCUGAGCUGUUGGCGCUGAAGUUUCGCUUCGGCCUGGUCAAGGACCCAUCUAAUGUGUCUAUCAUGCCACUGUCUGCACCCCUCUGUCCUCACUCAACACCCAUUGCAACACAUUUCUAUCCACCUCACACUGAUGCAUCCCCAUACCACAGUGCACAUGACAAUGCAACCACCCACCUCAUCCACCCUCACCCUCACCCUCACCCUCCACCACAGGGUCCCAUCUUUGGACCGAGGGGAGUCGGGCCUCUGUCAAAUCAUAGUUUAUCCGAGGAGUCCGGUGUCUCCACCUCAUGUGGCUCAAAUGUGAGCAGCCCUCUGUUUUUUGAUGGCACAUUGAGUGAGCGCAGUGGGCCUUCUCCGAGAGAGCUGGUGGAGGAGAAGCAUGGCUACGACUCCCACAUCUGUCCCUUGGAGGUCAACGAGAGUCAGUAUGUAAACAGACAAGACUCGCCCGAAGGUUUGAGGAGCCUCCCGCACAAGCUCCGCUUUAAAGGGCCCAGUGGUUGCAAUGAGGGAGGAGAGCUGUCUCCAUCCUCUGAUAUCAGACACAGUGGACCACCUGUAGCCACUGUGGGGCCAAACAUCCAGGUGAGGAACCACCAGCAAGUGGGGUGGGAAAGUCGGACAGAGGGUCAGACACCUUGGUCCAGGGAGGAGGCCUGUGGGGGAGUUGGGCAGCAGUAUCAGCGUCCAUCUUGUGGUUAUUACAACUCCACCUCUCUGCAGUACUCUAGAGACACCAAGUAUUUGACAGAGGACAUCAGUCUCAGGUCUAAGAUCAGCUGCUUGUCUCAGGAAGUGGCACAGCUCAAGAGGCUUUUCUCUCAGCAGCUGCUCAACAAGAUGGCUUAAAACCUGAGCACAAGAGGAUCAAGGCUGAACCAAAGUUAGUAAACAGAUUUCACACUACAUCUUUCCAACCCAUCAAGCUUACUGUUGAUUGCCACAGCACAGCAGGAAGUGAAAAAUCUUCAGAGCAUGUCUGUUCUCUGAUGGUCAGCACCAGACAACAACGUGUCCUUGGAUCAUGUUGAUUUCUUGAGAAUACUUGACUGAACUAAUCUGUCAGAAACACUGGAAGAUCAUGUUAGAUACAAAACAAAGCAUAUGUUUCAAACUCACCAUGUUCACUUGAUGCAGACGUGGUCAUUUUUUAGUUCUUUGGGACAUCAGACUCUCUGUAACUGUAUAUCAACAUUGCCUAUGUUAAAUGUGUGGAAAAGAAGCCACUUGGUUGUGUUGAAAAAUUACCUUUGACAUCAUGUUGGUGUGUACUUACUUUUGUGAUCUUAGUGUGUUGUUUACUGUAUCUGGUUUCUUUUAUGACAGCAAGGUAAAUACAACUGUAACUGAAGUGAACUGUACUU